AUGAGGAUUUAUCUCUCCCUAGGGGUGCUGUUCUGCGCUGUAUCGACACUGAGCGCUGCAACUGAUAAAGUGGUGUGCUAUUUUGGCAGUUGGGCAACCUACCGCGUGUCCAACGGAAAGUUUGACAUCGAAAACAUUAAUGCCAACCUGUGCACGCACAUAAUCUAUUCCUUUGUGGGAAUUGAUCCGACCGGAUAUACGGUGAAAAUUUUGGAUACGUAUAACGAUGUCAAUUUAAAUGGAUUCACCCGAUUCGUUGCUCUGAAGCAGAAAAACCCAAGCGUCAAGUUACUUUUGGCGGUGGGAGGCUGGAACGAAGGCUCAACAUCUUACUCCAACAUGGUUGCCUCGUCCGUAACCAGGAACGCUUUCAUCCAGUCGGUGGUUUAUCUACUUAAAACCUACAAUUUCGAUGGUUUCGACAUUGACUGGGAAUAUCCGACGCUUAGAGGAGGAAUUCCGGAUGAUCGUGUCAACUUCAUAACUCUCUUGACGGAGAUGCGCACUCGCUUCAACAGUGAAGGCCUGUUGCUAACCAUCGCGGUGGGUGCCACGAAAGACUAUCACCGAUCGGCCUACAAUGUGCCGGAAAUUAACAAAUAUGUCGACUUCGUCAACCUAAUGACGUACGAUAUGCACGCUUACUGGGACGCUAAGACUGGCCACAACGCGCCGCUGUACGCCGCAACCUGGGAGACCGACUCCGUCACCAGCAUGUACAAUAUGGCCGCCUGCGUGCAAGGCUGGUUAGAUGACGGUCUCGACGCAAGUAAGCUGGUCGUAGGCAUUCCCGUCUACGGGCACACAUUCACGCUAGCUUCAACGGCAGACACCGGAGUCGGCGUUCGCACAACCGGACCGGGAACAGCUGGAACCUACACUGCCGAAGGAGGUACCCUAUCGUAUCUGGAAAUCUGCGAAAGGCUGAAAACCGGCACCUACACCAAAGCGUGGGACAGCGUGCAACAGGUGCCUUACGCAUUCUCCGGAAAUCAAUGGAUUUCGUUCGACGAUGUAACGUCGGUGGCGUUGAAGGUGGCUUAUGCCAAAAGCAAAGGGGUUGGUGGUGUGAUGGUGUGGUCCCUGGAAUCGGACGAUGAUCAGAACAUUUGCGGCGCCGGAGCAUAUCCGAUCGGUACGGCAAUCUACAAUGCAGUGUUCGGAUCCAGCGGUACGGUAACGACGACUACAGUGCAAACGACGACCACAACGAAAGCUGCCGCUACGACAACGACAACAAAAGCUGCCACCACCACAACAACCACCACAAAAUCACCUGUCACAACAACGACCACGGCUAAAAUUACAACAACCACCGCCAGCGGUGGAAAACUUAUUUGUCCUUCUUCCGGGUAUAAGCGAGAUCCAAACGACUGUGGCGCAUUUUACCAGUGUUCCCCGGGCUCAGUCGUCAACCCAGAUUGGCGCAUUAAGUGCCAACCAGACCUGUAUUUUGACGAAAAUUCCAAUACCUGUAACUGGGCUUAUCUAGUUAGCUGCUGA